AUGGACGAAGGAAUAAAGAAAUUACCAGAUUUAGCAAUUGCUGAACUUGUAUUCACAGUUACUUAUGAUCCAUCAAAUCAAAAGGCAAAGAAGGAUUUACUCGUAGAAAUUGAAAAGAAUAAAAUGUAUCCAUUAUAUAAAAGAUUAGUUGAACAAUUAAAAUGGGAUGAAGAUAAACAAUUUGCUGAAAAGUUAAAGACUGAUAAUGAAACUGAAUUGAAGCAAUUGGAUGAUAAGAUUAAAGAUUCUGAAGAAAACUUUGGUGAAUCUGAAAUUAGAGAAGCUUUCUUGGCUAAAUCUGAUUUCUAUUGUAGAAUUGGUGAUAAAGAUAAAGCAUAUUCAUUAUAUAGACAAACAUUUGAAAAGACAGUACCAUUGGGACAAAAGUUGGAUUUGGUAUUUACAGUGAUUAGAAUGGGUAUUUUCUGGAUGGAUCAUGAUUUGGUUAGUAGAAACAUUGAAAAGGCCAAGACAUUGGUUGAAGAGGGUGGUGAUUGGGACCGUAAGAACCGUCUCAAGACCUACGAGGCAGUCUAUCUCAUGUCUAUUCGUAAAUUCAAGGAAGCUUCUGACCUCUUCCUCGACACUUUGGCCAGUUUCACCUCGACUGAAUUCAUCGAGUACUCCAUCUUUGUUCAAUACUUGAUUUUUACCAGCAUGUUACAUCUCGAUCGUGUAUCUCUAAAGUCAAAGGUCAUUGAUUCACCAGAUGUCCUCUCUGUCGUAAGAGAUGUUCCACAUCUUCAAGAAUUAUUAUUAUCCUAUUAUAAUGGUGAAUAUAAUCAAUUCUUUACUAAUUUAUCAUAUUUCUCUGAAAAUAUUAAAGGUGAUAGAUAUUUAUCAAGUCAUGCUAGAUUCUUGACAAGAGAAUUAAGAAUUAUUGCUUAUACUCAAUUUUUGGAAUCCUACUCAAGUGUUAGAUUAGACUCUAUGGCCAAUGAAUUUGGUGUCUCUGUUGAUUUUAUCGAUAGAGAAUUGUCACGUUUUAUUUCAGCAGGUCGUCUUCAUUGUAAAAUUGAUAAGGUUUCUGGUGUCAUUGAAACCACUAGAUCAGACAAUAAGAACUCAAUGUACAAACAAACACUCCAACAAGGUGACAACUUGUUAAAUAGAAUUCAAAAAUUAUCUCGUGUCAUUAAUGUAUAA